CACUGGUUUUCUUUUCUAGCCGCCAUUCAAAAGAGUGUGUUUCCAGAGCGUUUUGCCGUAAAUUCAAAAGAAAGUGCAACUAAAGUGGAAAUAAAAUUAUACAAUAAUAUUUUAAUCGCAAUAAUUCGUUGUUGGCUAAGAUGCCCGAAACGGAGACCAAAAGCACCGGGAUGAGGGGAAGGCCCAGGAAGGCGGUGGCCGCCGCACGUAAAAUCCAAAGAGUCUCACAUGAUGAGGAUGAAGUGAUGCCGACCAGCAGUAAAUAUGAUAAACAGAGUGACAAUGAUGAGAGGAACGAGCCGGAUCAAGAUGAGGAGCCAGAUGCCGAGGCGGAGGCGGAGGAAGAGGCCGAUGAGCAUGAGAAUGAGAUGGACCAUGAAGAUGAGAUUGAUGAUGACGAUGAGCCAGAUAGUAAUGAUGCUAGCGAUGCCGACGAGCAAGUGGAGCCGCCUGCCUUUAGUCUAGCUACGCUGGGACUGCAACGUGUGGGCAGCGCCCCGCCACCCAAACCCAAGACCCAAAAGGCCCCAAUUCUUACCCUCAAUGCACGUGGUAUGCCCGCCCGCAUCCGUAAGCGUAAUCCUCUGUUCUACGACGAGAAUAUCAUUAACGAUGACAAGCCGCUUCGUGUCAGUCUUGCGCCAAAGAAGAUAACGGGUCGCGGAACUGGUGACAGUGCCAGCAAAUUGCAGACGACUCCAUCGAAGGUGCUCAAGAAGCGGAAAGGUGUCGUAUCCCGUUACAUGCGAUCCAAUGACAAUGAUAAUGGUAAUGGUAAUGGCGCCUCCACUUCGAAUAUCUCGAAUUUGACAAGUGCAGACAUGGAGUCGGGUGGUGGCAAGCAUAAGAGAACGCCUGGCAAAUCCCUGACACUGCCGACCACAUCAGCCGGAUCGAGGGGCCAACAAGUGGCUGGCAUGAAAGUGGGACGUGGUGCUGGAGGUGGUGCAAAGAGUGCCGCUGCGGCAGCCGCGAUGGCAGCUGCAGAGGAUGCGGCGAAAAAAGCCGAAGCUCAGGCGACAGCAAACAAGCGUUUGGGUCAGUCAAUUGGACUGCGUCUGCGCAAUCUCUUGAAGCUGCCCAAGGCCCACAAGUGGGCAAUUGCCGAGUGGUUCUAUUCGUACAUUGACAAGCCGCUCUUCGACUGCAAAUACGAUUUUAUGAAUCAUGUGAACGAGCUGGCGCCACGCUUGGGAACACGCAAACUCAAUCGCCACGAGUGGGUGAACAUUAGGCGACGGAUGGGUCGACCACGUCGCUGCUCGGCGGCCUUCUUCAGCGAGGAGCGACGCGAACUGGAGCGCAAGCGUCAGUUGAUGCGAACGCUGCAAUCCCGCAAGCCUGGCGAGCUCAAGGACUCGGUCCUAUUGGCCGAUAUGCCCGAGAAGAUACCGAUGCCACUGCCGCUGGGCACCAAGGUGACGGCAAGAUUGCGUACGCCGCAGGACGGCAUCUUUGGCGGCACGGUGGCUGCCUAUGAUUCGCUGAACGCCAUGUAUCGGGUAACAUUCGAGCGGAUGGGAUUGGGCACACAAUCGAUACCGGACUUUGAGAUUGUGUCGGAGAACUUUCAUGAGAUGUUGCCGCUGCACAGUUUCACCAAAGAUUUCCGCCCGAAUCUGAUGAGCAUCUAUCAGACCAAUAAUCUGGGCUUCACCACCAAUUUGGGCUUCACCACAAAUCUGGCGAGCAGUUAUCAAAGCAAACGCUAUCCGCUUGCCAGCGCUGGCAAUCUCAAUAGCAAUAACUUGACGGCUCCACAGAAGCAUCUGGCCAACAAUAAUGCGGCGGCACGGAAUGCGCUUAGCAUGAAGUUGAACAAAAGUGAUCCGUUGCUUGGACAGGAUGCCAUCGGUGAGAAUCCAAUGAGGUAUCAGCCGGCGCGGCAUCAUGGUUAUUCCAUCAAGCUGCUGGAACAUUUGGUGCUCUUGCAGAAUUUUAUUGCACUCAAGGAGGCAAAAAUCCAGCGACUCAGUGAGAUGAAUGCCGCCGCGGAGCUGGCAAUGGGCGAACUGAUGGGUCAGGAGGAGCCGGGCGAUCGUAGUCGAAGUCAAAUGCGAGACGAUUUUCAGCGUCGCUAUGCCUCCAAUAUAUUGUCCAUCGAGCAGAUCAAUGGCGAUCUCAUGUAUGAGUUAACCAAGGUACAGGAGCUAUCCAGUAGCCUGACGCGCAAUCCCAAUGUCCAGGCCAUGAUAUCGCCCACAUUAUUGCGGGAAGAGUGCCGCGCCAAGGCCAGCCAAACGGUGGAUGAGAUGAGCAAGGGUAUGGUGAAGAGUGAGCGCAUGGUGACACUACUUAAGAAUCUCACCACCCUGCUAAUUGUCACCCAGAACUUGGACAGCGAGUGGGAGGCGGCGGAAGUGAACAAAGUUCUCGAGGGUUGCAUCGAGGAGGUGCGUAGCAAUCUUGUCUGCAGCGCCAACAGCGACGUGUUCCAGAAGAGCGUACAAAUGCGUCUCGAGUAUAUUGCAUUGGACAUCAAUCGCAACAUUGAGGAGCGGAGCUUCAGCCAGGCAUCUGCCAAGUCACCAAAGUCGCCAAAGUCUCCCAAGUCACCCAAGUCACCAAAAUCGGAGGCAACCGACACGGCUGGAGAGACGGCCAGCACGAAAACAACAGAUAUCGAUAUGGAAAGGGAUAAGGAUAAGAAUGAUAAUCAUUCAGAUGAUCAAAGUGAGAAAUCACCGAAAUGCAAACAAGAUAAAUCAAAGCAAUCAUUAAAAUCAGAGCCCAUGGAAGUGGACCGUCAGCAUGAUGAACCUGAAACGGAUCCUGAACCUGCCGAGGACAAAAAACACACUGACGACGAUGAUGAUGACGAUGCUGAUGUUGAUGCAGAUGUUGAUGCCGAAGCGGAAGCUGAUGACUCGGAUUCGACAGAGAAGCCAACAAAUUCGAAAACAAUUGCUAAAAUUGACAACACAAGUGCGGAUCCAUGUGGCGAGGACUCUCAAAUCACAAUCGAGUCCAUGAAGGAGUCGGAGGAUGAUGACAGUCAAACGCCUGAUGAUAAGGAUGAUGAUGAUAAGCGAGACGGCAACGAAAUGAAACUAGUCGGGCAGACAGACGAUUCAGACUCUCAACAGGAAUUCAUAUACAACAAUAAAAAGUGACGAGUAGCGAAUAGAGAAAAACGAUGAACGUGUAACGAGUUCUACUUCAGUUCAGUUAACUUGCAAUUUAACAAUUUACUCCUUAUAUAUAAAUUUAUAUAUGUAUAUGCAUAUUGUGGAAUACAAUACAUAUUUUUAUCAGAUUUCCUUUCAAUUAUGGAUAUAUUAAUUGUAAAAUAAUAAAUUUUACUCGAUUGUUAAAUAACAGACCAUUGCUAUUAUGAUUUUUCGUAUAAUCUAUCCGACUUGUAAUGUUUUUUUUCUUCUAAU